UAUCCCUCAACCAUUUCUUAAUGGAUGCAGCGCUUUGAGAUAGUUAAUGGUGUCACUGAAGUUGAAGGAAUAGCAGACGAGAAAACUGCAGGUGCUAAAGAGGACGAAGAAAAAGGAGUACCUGCUUUUUGGCUCAAUGCAAUGAAAAACAAUGAAGUGUUAGCUGAAGAGAUUUCAGAGCAUGAUGAAGGUGCUCUCAAGUUUCUCAAAGAUAUCAAGUGGAGCAGGAUAGACAACCCAAAAGGAUUCAAGCUUGAGUUUUAUUUCAAUACUAAUCCUUAUUUCACAAACACUAUUUUGACAAAAACAUAUCACAUGAUUGAUGAGGAUGAGCCAAUAUUGGAAAAAGUUCAAGUCUGUGAAAGAAACCACCAACUCGUUGAUGAGGUCAUGGUGGCAGUGACUUUGGUGGAGCUGUCGGUUGAUGGUUCUAUUAUGGGUACUGUUGAAAUUAAGCUUCCAGAAGAAGGAGUAGAAGGCCUUGGUUCUAUUAUGGGAGAGAAACAAUAA